AGUUAUUCCGCACAGCAAGUUGUCUCGGGAGGGGCGAGGUGAAGCCGAUGCUUUCGUCCCAUCCCAGACACAAUUAGGGUUGAGAUUAGAGGCACGGAAAGGAGGUGAUCGCAAUUCUGUAGAGGGGAGAGAGAGAGAGAGAGAGGACCUGCGAGCGGGCGUAGCCAUGGGGAAGAAGAAGAAGAAAACGUACAAGGUGUGGUGUUUUUACUGCGAGCGUGAGUUCGAGGACGAGAAGAUCUUGAUCCAACACCAGAAAGCCAAGCAUUUCAAGUGCCAUGUGUGUCAUAAGAAGCUUUCGUCUGCCAGCGGCAUGGUCAUUCAUGUACUGCAAGUGCACAAGGAGUCUGUGUCGAAGAUACCUAAUGCCAAGCCUGAAAGAGAAGCCUUGACCGAUCUUGAAAUAUAUGGCAUGGAGGGUAUUCCAGCCGAAAUUCUAGCAGCCCAUGACGGGGAUUAUGAUGAGGAUGAGAACCCAUCAAAAGUUGCAAGAGUGGAGGUUCCACCGUUAUUACCCUUUGUUGGAGGGGGAUUGAUGGGGUCGAAUGCAAUUGGUAUGGCCCCACAACCAAUGUAUACUGCAAUGCAACCUAUGUACAGGCCAUCACCAGGGUUGGGUCCACGUCCACCCCCAAAUUGGCAGCCACAACCUCCACCUCCCCAAGGAUGGAACGGUCCUCCUCUUCCUGGCCAACCAGGCCCACCCCGCAUGCCCCAACCUCCACAGCCUCUGUUUCCUAUACAAGGCCAACGACCUCCCACUCCCUCUCAACCUCCCUCCCAACCUCUUUUUCCUAUUCGGCCCCCUCUCCCUCCGGGUUCGUCUCUCGCUCCUCCUCGACCCUUGUUCCCUGUUACGCAGCCGCCAAAUGGACCCCCUCCUCCACCACCACCUUCAGCUCCACCACUCAGUCCUGCUGGUUCUCUCGUGAAGCCACCUCAGCCUAGCCCAGGUAGCAAUCAAUCAAGUAUUAAUGGAAGUCCUGGCAUAGCUCCUCCAUUGCCAUCACCAGGAGCAUCCUCUGGAAUGAACAUGGGUCCAGGAUCCAAUGCUCGGUUGCCUCCUCCACCUUAUGGAGCUUUGAGUGGACCACCCCCUCCACCACCCUGCAGUCAUAUGUACUCAUCUGGCCCCAACACUGGCGGACCAUCGAUAGGGCCCCCACCUGUUAUCUCAAACAAACCACCAGGGGUCGCAGGUGGCACAAAUGAAGUCUAUCUUGUUUGGGACGACGAGUUUUUCUCCAUGGAGGAGCGGAGAUUGUCUUUGCAGAAGUACCAGGUUCAUGACGAAACAAUUCAGAUGAGUUCUGUUGAUGCUGCAAUUGAUAAGAGGAUUUUAGAAGGCAGGCUGGCUGGUCGCAUGAGUUUUCAUGUUUAAGAUUUUUGUUUCUUAGCAUUCGUUCCUCGAUUUGGAGGCUCAGGUACAGUUGAUUUGUGGUGACAGAUAGAAAAUUAGUCUUUCUCUUAUCAUGGGACCAGUUCUCUUGGCUUGAAGCAAUGAAAUUUGUGUGUCACUGCAGCAUGAGCUGCUUAGGUCAGCUGCCACUGAUUUUUACACCCCUGUGUUCAACCCAAGAUGUAUUUUAAUUUUUGAGAGUAGAACUUAGUCGUAUCAAGCUGAAGCAGAUUACCUUCUAUGAAAAAAUAUGUUCGGCUAAGUCGAUUGCUACGUAAGCGUAACACUUUCUUCUUUGUUUUACCUUCA